AUGUUUUUGCUAGUCUCAAUCAUAUUGCUAUUCUGUCAAACCUACACCCUGCGCAGCAAAUUCACCAAUGUCAGUGUAGAGUGUAGCUAUGAAUUCUGCUCCAGCACACGCGGCUGGCUCACAGCCCGCGGUGAGGUCAGCCUGGACAUCCACCUGAAUCGCACCUUGAGGAAUGGCUUGCGUACAACCAUCACCCUGAUGCAGCUGGUGCAGACAGGCAGGGAUAGUAGCUACCAGAAGACCCUGUUCAGCUACGACAUGGACACCUGCAAGACGCUGCGGGAACUGCUCCAGGCUAGCCUGAUGAAGGUCUGGCUAAGGAACGUCUUCAAGUAUGGGAACCUAGCGGAUCGCUGUCCCAUCCAGCCAGCGGACUACGAAGUGCGAAACUUUCAGCUGGAGAACCACAGCAUUCCGGCUUAUCUGCCGCCUGGCUUCUAUCGGCUGCACGACACAAAUUACUAUGGAAGGCCCAAGGGCAAGCAGCGGCGUCUGGUGGCCACCUUCGUAUUGGACAUAAAGUUCUAUUAA